AUGGACGAUUUGACUUUCUUUGAUAGUCUUGAAACAAGUUAUAUUGACGUGCCUAUAACUGAAGAUGGUAUAGAUACGAUUACGUUUUUAAAUGCUACUCAUGAGUUGGUCAGAUUAAUUGAUAUAAUUGGACCUGAAGUUUUUGAAGUUCUUCGAAGUGAAAUGAACGGUAACAUCAAGCAUAUUAGGGAACGAUACGAACAUAAUAUAUCGAAAAACUUAACCCUUGAAAAAUUAAUUAAACACGAUGAAUCAGAACAUAAAAAAAAAUAUAUUCAUAUUUUAAUGUCACUAAUAAGAGAAAUUGAAUUUUUUGCCAUUGGUUUACGUAGAUCAAUAGAUGAUCCUUCUGAAGAACUUGCAGUGUCUUUUAUGGAAUCAUAUAGAAAGACUUUGGAGCACUAUCAUAGUAUCAUAAUUAGACCCAUAUUUAAGAUUGCGAUAAAAGCAUGUCCGUAUCGUCAUGAAUUUUUCAAAAAACUUGGUGAUAACCAAGAAAAAGUUUGCCAACAAUAUGAAAGUUGGUUGUCUUCCGUUGAAGGAAUCAUUAAGAGACUACAUGCGCUUCCUGAAUUUCAUUAA